GGGGGAAGCAUACAAAAAACGCUGACUUCCUGUGUUUUCUUAUAACGAAUGAAUACAUUACGCAGAACAUAAGCGAGAGGGAUAUAAUAUCUGAAAACGGUAUCGCUGUGGAUGCCACUGCUGUAAAUGCGGAUUGUUUACAACAGCCCUCGCAUCCUUUCCUCCCUCCCCUUUUCCUCUUUCCCAGAGCGCCUGGGUGCUGGUGGCGAGACAGCAGCUACAGCAGCUCCCGCUGACCGAAGAUAGCGCCUGAAGAGCCGGCCACGGCCGUCACAUCACCCCGGGCCCCUGGAGGGUGCCAUCAAGAGCAAAGCAGGAAGCUUUUGAUGCCACAUCAUUGUGCAGCAUCAUUCUUCCGUGAAGAAAAUCACACAACCACUUCUGGAUUUUAUUGAUUUUCACCUCCAAGUGUUUUCAGGAGUUUGGAUGUGCAGUUUCACAUGACAUGGCUGUUCUUAAACUAGUCGACCAGCCACCCCUCGUCCAAGCCAUCUUUAAUGGAGACCCCGAUGAAAUUCGUGUGCUCAUAUGUAAAUCAGAAGAUGUCAAUGCACUGGACACUGAGAAGCGAGCUCCCCUUCAUGCAGCAGCCUUCCUCGGAGAUGCUGAAAUCACGGAGCUCCUCAUUAUGUCAGGGGCACGAGUCAAUGCCAAAGACAACAUGUGGUUGACUCCACUACACAGGGCAGUGGCAUCACGUAGCGAGGAGGCUGUUCGCGUGUUGAUCCGUCAUUCUGCCGAUGUUAACGCACGGGAUAAGAACUGGCAGACUCCGUUGCAUGUCGCUGCUGCCAACAAGGCUCUGCGCUGUGCUGAGGUCAUCAUCCCGCUUCUGAGCAGCGUCAACGUUUCGGAUCGUGGGGGACGCACCGCCCUGCACCAUGCUGCCCUUAAUGGGCACACAGAGAUGGUUAGCCUUCUCCUGGCCAAGGGUGCCAAUAUCAAUGCCUUUGACAAGAAAGACUGCCGUGCACUGCACUGGGCGGCAUAUAUGGGUCACUUAGAAGUGGUUUGUUUACUGGUGAGUCAAGGGGCCGAGAUCAGCUGCAAAGACAAGAGAGGAUACACCCCUCUACAUGCUGCUGCUUCCAACGGUCAGAUCGCUGUGGUGAAACACCUGCUCAGCCUUGCUGUAGAGAUCGAUGAAGCCAAUGCCUUUGGGAACACAGCGCUGCAUGUGGCCUGCUUUAAUGGACAAGAUGCAGUAGUCAGUGAGCUGAUCGACUACGGUGCUAAUGUCAGUCAGCCGAAUAACAAGGGUUUCACACCUCUGCACUUUGCUGCCGCGUCCACUCAUGGUGCCCUGUGUCUGGAGUUCCUGGUCAACAGUGGAGCUGACGUCAAUGUCCAAAGUCGUGAUGGUAAAAGCCCUCUUCAUCUGACGGCAGUCCAUGGACGAUUCACACGCUCCCAGACACUCAUCCAAAACGGUGGAGAGAUUGACUGUGUCGAUAAGGAUGGAAACACUCCUCUGCAUGUCGCUGCUCGAUAUGGCCAUGAACUUUUAAUAAACACCCUAAUCACGAGUGGAGCUGACUGCACUAGAAGAGGAGUACACGGCAUGUUUCCUUUGCAUCUGGCCGCUCUAAAUGCUCAUGCGGACUGCUGCCGGAAGCUUCUCUCCUCAGGCUUCCAGAUCGAUACACCAGACAACCUGGGGAGGACGUGUCUGCAUGCUGCAGCUGCGGGCGGUAAUGUGGAAUGUGUGAAGCUAUUGCUCAGCAGUGGAGCCGAUCAUAACCGCAGGGACAAACAUGGAAGGACCCCUCUCCACUAUGCGGCAGCUAGUCGACACUUUCAGUGCCUGGAGACUUUGGUGUCCUGCGGUACCUGCAUUAAUGCCACUGACCAGUGGGGGCGCUCUGCUGUGCACUACGCUGCUGCUUCUGACCUGGACCGGAGGCGGCGUGUGGUCCUGGAACCAGAGAGUGACGGAGUUCAAGCUGAGAAGGAGAAGGAGGCAGCUCUGUGUCUUGAGUUCCUGUUGCAGAAUGGUGCUGCCCCAUCACUCAAAGAUAAACAGGGCUACAGUGCUGUUCAUUAUGCUGCAGCGUACGGCCACAGACACUGUCUGAAACUGCUUUUGGACAGAGAUGAGAACCAACAGGAUGAUGAGAACAGCCAAACCAGAAGCCCAUUGCAUCUGGCCGCAUACCAUGGUCAUGCACAGGCUCUAGAAGUGCUCCUGGAGGGUCACUGCGAGGUGGAUCAGGGGGAUGAGGUGGGUCGGACUCCACUGGCGCUCGCUGCCCUCCGGGGUCACACUGACUGCGCUCUCACGCUUCUGAACCACGGGGCCUCACCGAGAAGCAAAGAUACUCUCCGGGGACGUACACCGAUCCACCUUGCAGUCAUGAAUGGUCAUACGUCAUGCGUGCGCCUCCUGCUGGAAGACUCUGAUAAUGCAGAUCUGGUAGAUACAGCGGACUCUCAGGGACAGACCCCUCUAAUGCUGGCAGUGAUGGGGGGUCAUGUGGAUGCUGUGUCUCUUCUAUUGGAGCGUGAGGCCAGUGUGGACUUGGCUGAUCAUCAUGGUCUGACUGCUCUGCACCUGGGGCUCUUGUGUGGACAGGAGGAAUGUGUUCAGUCGCUGGUGGAGCUAGAGGCAUCUGUGCUGCAGGGAGACUCCAGGGGUCGGACAGCCAUCCACCUGGCUGCAGCGAGGGGUCACGCGUCCUGGCUGAGUGAAUUGCUCAAUAUUGCAUGUUCUGAAUCCCCGAUACCUCCAUUACGAGACAACCAGGGAUACACACCCUUACACUGGGCCUGCUACUAUGGUCAUGAGGGUUGUGUGGAGGUCCUACUCGAACAAAGAGAUUUUCGUCACUUUGAUGGGAACCCUUUCACCCCGCUUCAUUGUGCUGUGGUCAAUGACCAUGAGACCUGUGCCAACCUCUUAUUUGAAGCCAUGGGAUCAAAGAUUGCAACUUGCAAAGACUCAAAGGGCAGGACACCUCUCCACGCAGCUGCUUUUGCUGGCCACAUAGACUGUGUUCAGCUGCUCCUGGCCCAUAGUGCAUCUGUGGAUGAGGUUGACCAAUCAGGGCGCAGUGCCCUGAUUAUGGCAGCAGAGAAAGGAAGAGUCGAAGUCGUAGAAGCUCUACUCACUAGUGCCAAUGUGAACCUCAAUCUGACUGACCAGAAGGGCAAUACAGCUCUCCAUCUAGCCUGCAGUAACAGAAUGGAGGAAUGUGCAUUGCUCAUUCUUGGAAAACUUCCAGACUCUGCCCUCGUCGCUACAAACGCAGCGCUGCAAACACCUCUGCAUUUGGCCGCUCGCAGCGGGAUGAAGCAGACAGUGCAAGAGCUGCUCUCUCGUGGGGCCAGUGUUCAAGUGCUAGAUGAGAAUGGUCUCACCCCUGCUCUGGCUUGCGCUCCCAGCAGGCAAGUGGCUGACUGCCUGGCUCUCAUUUUGGCUACCAUGAUGCCUUUCUGCUCCCCUUGCAGCUCUGGAGCUCCUUCGCCAGGCGCCCUCCUGAAAUCUCUGCCCCGCCAGGCCAAGAGUCCCCAAGGCCCCCGAAGUCCAAGGGACCCCUCCGGCCCCUCCAGUGAGGGCACGACCACUGAAAAUGAUUCCGAUUCAGAGACAUUUUGACCCCGACUCCUUCUAGAUACACCGGACAUAGUUUUCAAAGCACAUAUUGUCAUGAACCUUACAGAAGUUGUACAGAUUUCUGAUUAUGGAGUGCAGCCUCUGUAUUAAGAGAUUAUGACAUAUAGCACACAUGGUACGCUUUUGUUCUCCCACACUUGUUUGCACAGGAGAUUUUUUCGAAAGCCAUUUGAAUCACUUUAACACAGGUUGAUUGAUGAUCGAUUGCCAAAUGUUGACUGACUUCUCACACUUGAGGUUUUGUUAUGCGUCUCCUACGUUUCCGUGUAAGCUUGUUGUGUUCGAAAUGACGUGAAAGUCUAAUGGUGUGUGAUUUAUUAGCCGUUUAAAAAUCUUUUCAGAUUUGAAAAGGUGUUUAGUGUUUGUACUUCAGUCUUAAGACUAGUCAUGAAAUCCAGUGUGAUGUGAUGAAAAAUCCAGUGCAAGUUGUCCAUUUCCGGAUCGUACACCAGUUGUACUUUACAUAUUAUAUUUGACAAGUUGUGAAAAGAAAGCUCUUAAGAUUUAUAUUGCAAAAAGAGCAUUUUUAAUCCACUGAGAUAACAACAUUUCUAGGCCUUGAUGGUCUAAACUUACAUCUGAUGCUUUCGGAGAGUGAUAAUUUUGACACCUGAUUCCUUCUCAGACAUAAAGACAGUGUUCAAAUAAUACUUCUAUUCAGGUUGAAUUUUAGAUUCUAGUGAAAGGGCACAGCAUGUUAUGUGAACUAUGAUGUUCUCAAGCCUGUACUGAUAUUUAUUGACAUUUAGAUGACAACGGUACUACAGUUGUAUGCACUUAUGUAUAGGAGUAAAUGGGUGUUUAAAGGAAUAGUUCACCCUGUAGAUUAUAAUUCUGCCAUUGUUUACACGUGUCAGUGUUUUUUGUGGGACACAAAAGGACAAUUAUUGAAGAAUCUUGAUGUGGCUCUUUCCAUACACCAAUACUGUGUCUGUCAGGCUCUAAAAAUGACAAAGAAAUACCUCCAAAAGAGCUACAUACUGUAUUCAGAGACUUCUGAAAUCAUACGAAUGCUUUGUAUAAUAUUUCCCUUAAGUGAGCUGUUGGUUCUGGAUCAUUGUUAAUGAAAUGAAUAGAAUUGUGAAUAAUGACUUAAAUUUUAGUCUGUUCCUCACAUAAAAGUAUUAUAUCGCUUCAAAGGACUUCUCCUUUUGUGUCAACAGCAGCGGUAGGAAGUAAUGUGAGAGAUAGUAAGUAAUGACAGAAUUGUGAGUUUGGGGUGAACUAGUCAUUUAAAAAUGAAUCUAUAAUGAACUUUUCCAGUCUUCUUUUUUCUUUCCUUAUGAAAAUCUUUUAAGAAUUUGCACUGGUUGACUAUCAGUCCUUUUUUUAAACAGAUUUCUAAACAUGCUUUUGGGGGUGGGGGGAUGUUAGCAAGUGUGUUUCUUUGCUUGUUUCUAUUUUGCUUCAAAAGAUGAAGAGCUUUCAGCGAAGACGGUGUUUUAAUAUCUUGCCGGUCAGAAACUUUCCAAAACAAAUUGAAAAUGAAAAUGUAAACUACCAUUUGUCUGUUUGCCUUUGUCCACGAUGUGCCAGUUUCUCCACCGUGUCCAGUGCCUUGUUCUGCAUUUUCAGAGUUUGUUAGAUUACAUCAGUAUAUGUUUGUAUGUAUGGAGUGUAAUGAAAGUCUGAAGAUGUGAAGAUAAGUCUGGGUCACACCUGCCAAUCGGAAGCCAAUGUGUUUUUUUUACCAAGUCCUAAUGUUUGUGCCUAUGAAUGUGUGAUUUACAAUAGAAAACAGUCUUCGUACAUAUCAGCUCAUGAACAUUAGCAUCAUUACCAGAGCAAACAUUGCACACAACUGUCUAAUAACAGAAGCACAUGGGUGAGUUUCUUUUCAUAAAUUAGAUGGAUAGAUUGUGAGUGAAAGGAUGCAGAAGAAUGAGUCAAACAGUAUUAUAACAGAAAAAAAAAAGCUUUGAAAUGUGUGACAAUCUAGAUUAUGGUUUCCUCCUUCAUUCCAAUGUUGAAGGUUCUUUGUCAGCUCAAGUCUCUUUUAUAAAAAUUGUAUGACUAUUAUAUAAAACGUUUUAACAAA